UUGAAAUGCUACCUAAGCUACUUAAUUCCUUAAUUUUUCUGAGUAUCAUCAAAGAAAAUUUAUAGAAAUACCUAUUUUGAUGUUGGGAUUGUCAAAGCUUUGAAGAACAAAAAAGAAAAAGAAAAAGAACAUUAUGGAGCCUGCAAAUCUCCAUCCCCAACACCAGCUCCAAGAACAGUAUGGAGGAUUCUAUUCUUCUUUAUUAUUUCAACCAGAUUAUAAUAAGGUUUCAAGCACCAACAACAUCAUUUUGGAGUGUUGGCAACCUAAUAGUAAAGCUUCCAUGUGUGAGGGCUUGAUGAGUUUAUAUGAAACUACAGACACUUUGACCCAGCAAUCAGCUACAAAUGAGUUUUUACUUUCAAAGAUAAAAGAAGAGAUGCCAAUAAAUUCCUUCCCCAAGCUAAAUGAAAUGGUUCCCACAAAACAUCCACGUCAUCAUCUUUGUCAAAAUGAUAAUUGGCUUAUGAGCAAUUUCUCUUCUGCUCCUCAUAUCACUGAACUACAACUUUUGGCUACUGCAGAGCUAUACUCUAAUGAUAAUAUCCAAAACUCUACAAGAGAAAGCUCAUCUUUUGGUUCUAAUGGUAGAUAUAAUAGUUUUAGUCCUAUUAUACCAAAAAUUAAUGUUUCAAACUCAGAUUUGGAUUUGAACUUGCAAGUUCUGGAUCUUUUGAACACUAAACCUGAUGGUUCAAGUUCUAGUUUUGGUCAUUCCAUGGGAGAAGUUAAAGAUAAUCCUUCAAGUAGCUCCAACAAAAAGUCAGUUUUUGUAGAUACAACUCAGAGAAAAAAGAGACCCUGCAGUUUUAUUGAAGCUUCAAAGAAUCAGCCUCCGUCGAAAUCUUCAUGUCCCCCAUUAUUGAAGGUUGGUAAGAAUAAAAUAAGAGAAAAGAUUGCUACUCUUCAAAGGUUGGUGGCACCUUAUGGCAAGACAGAUACUGCAUCUGUAUUGACAGAAGCUAUUGGUUACAUCCAAUUUCUCCAUGAUCAAGUGGAGACACUGAGUGUACCUUAUAUGAGGUCUGCAAACAGCAAGCGAAUUAGAACAAUAAAAGCAAGUUCAAGAGAGGAAGAUGAGAAUGGAGAACCAAAGAGAGAUCUUUUAAGCAGAGGGUUAUGCCUUAUACCCCUGUCUUGUGCAUCAAUCAUCUUCAAUAGUUACAAUGGUGGAAUUUGAAGAUUGGACAAAUCAAGCAUACAGUAUGUAAGAAAGAAUGAUAAUAAAAAUGCUGAAAUUAUCAAAUUAAGUUAAAGACUUCAUAA